GUCUAGUGGGCUAUCUUUAUCAUUAAAAAAAAUCGAAACAUACGUUUGGUUAUAUUAGUUCUCUAUGAAAGGCCAUGUGCUCAUAUUUAAUGGUAAAUGUGGAGCAUUUCAUGUUCAGAUUAUGAAAAAUCUCAGAAACGACGAUAGUGUCAAAAAUCAGAUAUGGCGAAUACUUAUUCCCUCGACCAAACAGACAAUGAAAAUAAACUUAGACAUUAUUUUCAGAAUGAUUUUGAAAAUGUGAGUAGACAAAGGUUGCGAUCAAUUCACAUGAGUCUUAGGCGCUAUGGAAAUGUAGAAUCAAGAAUAAACCUCAAAGAUUUACAACAUGCAUUUGAGGAGAACCAAGUUGCUUUAACUCAACGGCAUUAUCAAAUGAUAACUGAUACAUGCGAAGAUCAUUUUGGUAUUGAUUUUGAAAAGCUUUACAAAUUAUUAAUUCAGGCACAAGAAGACAGAAAUCAAAUGCUUGCGCCUAAAAAUGAUCAACGUAUUGUUUUAACCCGAGAACAAAGAGAUCAGGAUUUAUUGUAUCGUCUAGAAGAACAGCUGGUUAAAAGACAGGUUUUUUUCGACAUUGAUGCGAUUAGACAGGCAUUUCAAAAUAAAGAUACAAACAGGAUUGGAAAAGUACAAAAAGAUCAGGCACAGUUAAUAUUUGCGCAUUUAAAAACACCCUUAUAUGGAGCGCUGUUGACGAAUUUACUAAAUCGGUGUCACGCUGAAAAUGAUGGUGGAAUCAGCUGGCCAGAAUUUAUAAAUUUUUUGGAAAGGUCACAACAAAGGGCUUGGGAAAAGCAUCCCGCCAUGUCCGAACUACCUAAACAAGUGCAGGAUGAAGAAAUGGUUAAUCCCGAUGUUAUAGAUGAAUUAUCAUCCAGUGCUAAAGCAAAGGUUGUCUCUAAAUUAUUGAAAAAGGCGUCGAUGCAAAGAGAAAGAUCGGCUUUAGCAAAACCUAAAACUACCGAGGAAAAGGAAGAAGUCAACGUGAUUCCUAGAAGUUCAAAUAAAGUCAUGGAAAAAGAACAACUAAAUGAUAAUUUAGCAAAUAUUAAUAAAACUAUCACACCUCGACCACAUGUGGCAGAUCAAACCUGUCAAAGACAGGAAGAUAUUAUUGAACAAAAUGAAGAAAGUGGCUUGACAAAUCAGGAACACCAAGAAAAUUAUGUGAAAUCUACAGACCAAACUAAAGUAACUCUUCAGAUAAAGGGCAAAUUAGUGAAAGUUAUGAAACCUUGUGGUUAUGACUUUCAGAAUGUUCCAAUUGACCCACCAACAGAACGCCUUCAUCUAGAAUGGGUAUAUGGAUAUCGUGGAAAUGAUUGUAGAAAUAACAUAUAUUUACUGGCUAAUGGAGAAAUUAUAUAUUUUAUGGCCAAUAUUGUUAUACUGUAUAACAGAGAAGCUCAUAGCCAAAGACAUUACAUAGAACACACAGAACAAAUUAAAAGCAUCGCCGUUCAUUCAGAUGGAAUAAUCAUAGCCUCUGGUCAACAAUCCAGUAAAACCCGACCUAACCAUACGGCCAUCGUUCAUGUUUGGAGAGCCGAUGAUUUACAAAAUUUAUUUGUCCUGGGUGAAAACUACUUCCAGAAAGCUGUUGUAUGUUUAACAUUUCAACAUAACUGUGAUCUGCUAGCAGUUGUUGAUCAUGGAGAUAGCAAAAAAUUAUCAAUGUGGGACACGGAACAGGGGAAAAUGAUAGCAGAUACUUUGAUUGACACAGACGUCAUGUGUGAUAUAAGCUGUAAUCCUAGAAUGCCCGAGGUAUUUGUAACUGCCGGAAAAGAACAUUUAUUCUGGUGGAAGGUUAACGAGGCCACAAAUAAAAUUGUUUCCUACGCACAAGCUAAUUAUGAGGCCUAUUUACGGGCUAGGUUUGUAAUAUGUGCCUCCCAUACUAGUAAAGGGGAUCUUAUAACGGGUGAUUCAAACGGUACUAUUUAUGUGUGGGGCAACUGUGGUAAUAAGAUCACUAAUUUUGUAAAACAUGGACAUGAGGGUCCAGUGUUUUCCCUGUACGUUAUGAAACACCACCUAUUAUCAGGGGGUAGAGACGGUAUUAUAUAUGCCUGGGAAUGGAGUAAAAAUAUGGAUUGUGCUGGUAAAGUAGAGGUUGCAAAAACUGAAGGUGGUAUUAGAAUGAUUCAAAUUAUUGAUAAAACGCUAUUGAUUGGAACGACAAUGAAUUCAAUGUUGGCAUCUACAAUCUCUAUAAAUGGAUCUCCCUUAGAGAAUUCUGAACUCGAUCCUCUUCCAAUAACACAGGGUCACUUUGACGAUUUAAGAGGUCUCUGUGAAAUACAGCGUUCGUUCAUGGGAGCUAAUUUCCUGACAACUGGCACUGAUGGAAUCAUUUGUAAAUUUAAUGCGUUUACACACGAACCUGCCUGGAAACUUGUUAUGAAGGGUUCUACAUUUCUAUGUGCUGAUUGUAGUACUAAUGGUAAAUUAUUAUGCCUGGGAACAAUGGAAGGAUAUUUAAUGAUAAUGGAGAUUAAUUCAGAAACAUUUACUGUUACUGAAUUAUUACAUCGUAAAAUAGCUAAAGAUAGAUUGGAUUGUAUCGCCUUCUCCCCUGAUCACAAUUGUGUAGCUGUUGGAGGAUUUGAAAAGUCUAUAACAAUUUUUGCCUGCAUGGAAAAAGAAGAUGGAACACAAUCAUGGCAAUGUGUUGGGAAAUGUUGGGGUCAUAAAGGUUAUAUUACUGCCGUUGAUUGGGCUGCUGAGAAAAUUGGUGAUGUUUACUUUUUACGGUCUAGUUCUUCUUAUCCAGAACAAAUGUAUUGGAAUACUUCUACAUGUGAGAAGGUAGACUAUAAAGAUGUUAGUGACGUAGCAUGGAAAUCACAACAGUGUACUUUGGACUAUAAUCUUAUUGGAAUAUGGUGUUCAAAACAAGUACAAGAGGUGGCCGUUAAUAAUGUUUCCGUUAACCCAACCAAAACACUGGUAGCUGUCAGUGAUACCCAGGGAAAUCUUAGUUUGUUCCGUUAUCCUUGUAAUAAAGAUUCGGUUUAUUGUCAUACCUACAAGUCUUUGCUAAAUACACAAAAGGUCAGCUUUAGUUCUAAUGGUAAACAUGUAAUAGUGGUUGGCGGUCAAGAUUCUUGUGUAACACAAUGGACAGUUGUUGGAACGGAAAUUUAACAUGAUAGACACCUUUAUACCUAGUCAACGUAAAAAUAACCCUUUAAAUUUAUGCAUAUAGCUAACUUGUCUUUAUCCAAUCUAUGCAUAAUUCUACUAGAUCAACUGUUUAUCGCCCUGAUUAAUCGAAGAAUUCAACAUCUUGACUUCAAUGUGUUUCUUGUGAUGGCUUUAUUUAUAAACCAUGUAUUUUGAAGGGUUAAGUUACCGUGAUUUACAGGCCAAUUCUAAAAAGCAUACAAAGAGGGCAAAUCCGAAGUGAGUGAUGUUACAGUUAACACCUAAAUGUAUAUUAAAAUGUUAUGAGUAUAUGCAUAUUAUGUUAGAUUGACUAAUGUAUAUUAAAAUGUUAUGGGGAUAUGCAUAGGCCCCUAUUUUGUUACAUUGACUAAUGUAUGUUAAAAUGUUAUGAGGAUAUGCAUAUUAUAUUAGAUUGAUUAAUGUAUAUUUAAAUGUUAUGAGGAUAUGCAUAUUAUGUUAAACUGACUGAUGUAUUACAAUGUUAUGAGAAUAUACAUAUUAUGUUAAAUUGACUAAAGUGUAUUAGGAUAUGCAUAUUAUGUUAAAUUGAAUAAUGUAUGUUAGGAUGUGAGGAUAUGCAUAUUAAGAAAAAAACUACUAAUGUAUUGUUAUCUUGAAUAAAUCGGUAUUUCACAUGACGAACCAUACUCCUCGUAGUGUUUCGUUAGAUUUGACCUAAUCCAACUUAGCACUGCUGUAAUGGAAGCAAAUCUCUGUUCAAAAUUAUGACUGGUCAAUAGUCUGAUUAACAACCAAUAGCUAACUAUGUACUAAUAUCAUUCGGCAUUUAACAGAGCUCCAAAUCGGACCAAAUAUAUUUACAUAACGUUACCUCCUGACUCACAAAAUUUAUAACGCCCAAUUAACCAGUGCUAGGGUGACCGUGCACUCUACAUAAAGUUGGUCUCGACACGGCUAAAUGUGCACGCUUCAGUUGCGUGUCUCGAACUGAUUUCUGACUACCCUGCACUCCCUUUGAGUCGACAAAUAGCCAUGGCACGUGCAAUUCUCUACAAAUAUAUCAACUAUUACAGCCGUAAAAAAUCUAUUGUUGACGAUUUUGAAUAGCAGUAAAAUUUAGCUUCUUGGUUAUUACAGCAGCUUUAGAAAUUACGUUUGUUUUAUUUUUUAAAUUGCUUUAUCAUUAACUGUACCGUUAAGAGCGGAAUCUUUUGGUUUAGUACAAAUAAUAUCUCUGAAACACUCGGGUUGGACAGGAACAUGAUACUAGCAGUAGUUUCAUUUUACUUUUACAAGUUUCUUAAAACAAUUGUUGAGUUGUCUAAAGUGCUUAUUUCUAAAUUCAAUUUCUUGUUCUAGCUUUCUGUUAUGUUUCGUAAAAAAAGUAGUCUUGAUUAUCCCGACCUGUCAAUCAGACGUAGAAUGGUCUAUAGACUGGUUAAGCGAGACUAAUUUCAGAACAAGGGCACGUAACCUAUCUUUUACUCAAAAGUGUCUGGAUGUUAUGGACGACACUUGGAACCAGUUUUCAGUCUAUUAUUUAUAGAUGAUUAAUGGUCAUAGCUUAUUAAGUACAACAUGAUCGUUUAUUUAGUGACUAUAAUUGUGUGAAACUGAUUUGAGGCUUGGCAUAUAUAUAAAUAUUGUGGCGUAAUUGUCGAGAUAUUUGGAGAUAUUUAUUUAUGGUGGGUCACCCUACCUGUGCAUAGCAGAAUAUUACAGAAAAACUAAUUGCGUGAAAAACGAGGCUAUCAAACGGCUACAAGGUAAACAAUACUGUUUGGAGACGAACAAGACUUUCACCGGUUUUACUACCUUAAAUCACUGUCCAACGUUUUAGGAAGACCCCAGAUUAAACGAUGGGCUGUCAUGUUGCUGUACUUGGGAUAGGUUUGAUUGAAUAGGAAGAAUAGAUAUACUCCCUCAAAGGCUCACGUAUCAGAAGCCAAUCCAGCAAUGGCCAGAGAGGAAUUUCUCGGUUCAUUGCUUCGGGAAUAUGAUGGCGAACUGGAGUCAAAAAAAAAAGAAACAGCGCAUUCGACAUAACUGACUAGACCUCUUUGUCGUUUUCGUUGGAUUUCAUAAUGUUGAUUUGUUUUGUGGGUUGACGAUGCUACAUAGUACCUAAUCAAUUUGAUUACAAUUCAUAGUGGAUAAAGAUGUAUAAUUUGGAUAUUGUCUAAAUAACGAUCAGUGGCUUUAUAGAGUUGGGAGUAAUGUUGCUCAAGUAGUAAAUGAAAACAUCAAUUUAUAAGAUUGAAGUAACGUCAUUCUAGUAAGUCGAUAUCACCUCCUCGACAUGGCUGUUGUUAAAAGAUAUUUACGUUGUACAUGUAUCUAUAAUAAAU